AUGGAUCUUAAGUACAAACACCUAGUUGACAAAUUGAAUAUUCAAGAAAAACAAAUAGAUUACUUAGAUAGAGAAAACAAAAGGAGAAAUUUAGUAUUUUUCGGGAUAGAAGAAGAAGAGAGAAGUUACUUCCAGCUUUAUACAAAAGUAGCUUACAUCAUAACUAUGAACAUGAAGUUAUCUUGUGAGAAAUACGAUAUAGAGAACGUUAAACGUAUCGGUAAGAAGAGAAACAAAGUUAGGCCCAUCAUAGUAGCCCUUACCACAUUAGAAAAAAAGAUGGCAAGCACGUCAUAUUACAUACAAGAAGAUUAUCCCAAAAAAGUUUUGGAGAUAAGAAAACCUUUGAAAGUUACAGUGGAAGAACUCAGACAGGAAGGAAAGGCUGCAAUCAUUAAAUACGAUAAGUUAAUAAUUUUAAAAGAUAAACUACCAAAACAACAUCAACAGUCCAAAAAGAGAAUGCUCACACCGUCUCCAGCUACUCAAAAUAACGCAAAGAUAAAAAAUAAAAAUGGCUUGGCAGAAGUCAGGAGAAUGGGAUGCUACAUUAAAGAACAUGAAGAUUAUAUCUUCUGCUACAUAGGGGAAACGCCAGGCUUGUAUAGAGUGGGCUUCUUAGUUAAGAAAGAACAUAAAAACAAGAUAUUAAGCUUCUCGAGCCUAUCCGAACGCGUAGCUAUGCUGCAGAUUAAAUGUAACAAUGCGACACUGUCAAUAAUACAAGCUUACGCCCCUGCAAAGAGAGCACCAGAGGAGGAUAUCAACUUAUUCUACGAAACUUUAGAAACAGCGCUAAGCUAG